AUGAAGGCCCUGCUAACUAUCUGCGUCAUCGGCUUGGUGCUGUCUGUGGCCAACGCCAUCCUGCUUAAGGGGCUCGCACUUGGAGCCCUUGGGCUUGGUGCUGGAGCACUUCUUGGUGCCGGUCUAGCCCGUGGUGGCGGCGGAGGAUAUGGCCACUACGCACCCUAUCCAAUGGCCUGGCACGGCGGAUAUGGAGGCGGAUACGGAGGGCACUACAGUGGAUCUUACCAUGGUAGCUACCACGGAAGCUACGGUGGCUAUGGUGGUGGCUUUGGCCCUGGAUUCUACUAG